UACAAGUUGUAAAUACAAAACAAAUGGCGACAUAAACGUCAUUUUCCUGAAUAAGAAGUUACUACAUUUACACUUUCAGGACGGAUUACCUUUAUUCUGGUGUGGCCAACAGUGUUACUGGCCUCAUGAACCUCGCAACUAAAGCCGGGGACGAACAGUCUGACCUCCUGUUUGUGAAUUUUAACCAAGAUUGCACAUCCCUAGCAGUUGGAACGAGGACCGGAUACAAAUUAUUUUCUUUGAGUUCUGUCGAUAAGUUAGAACAAAUUUACGAUAAUGAGAGUGAAGACAUUUGUAUUGUGGAGAGACUUUUCUCCAGUAGUCUAGUAGCAAUAGUUAGCUUAUCAUCACCAAGGAAAUUGAAAGUGUGCCACUUCAAAAAGGGAACUGAAAUAUGCAACUACAGCUACUCCAACUCUAUUUUGGCCGUACGUUUAAACAGACAGCGGCUGAUAGUAUGUUUAGAAGAGAGUUUAUACAUCCACAAUAUACGAGACAUGAAGGUCCUUCACACGAUCCGAGACACGCCUCCUAACCACCAUGGUUUGUGUGCACUGUCCAUCAACAAUGACAACUGCUUCUUGGCCUACCCCGGUAGUAACCAGAUAGGGGAAGUGCAGAUAUUUGACACAAUCAACCUGAGGGCGGUGACCAUGAUACCAGCACAUGAUAACCCUCUGGCAUCACUCGCUUUCAAUGCUCAAGGAACCAAACUAGCCACUGCUUCAGAAAAGGGUACAGUGAUAAGGGUAUUUUCAAUCCCCGAUGGACAGAAACUCUUUGAGUUCAGAAGGGGCGUGAAAAGGUGUGCAAGUAUUUAUUCCCUGGCCUUCAGUACGGACUCCCUCUUCCUCUCUGCCUCCAGUAAUACAGAGACUGUUCACAUAUUUAAAUUAGAGGUCCCCAAAGACAGGCCUGCUGAACAGGAACCUCAGGGCUGGAUGGGCUACUUCGGUCAAGCUCUGAAGUCCUCUGCCACUUACUUACCUAGUCAGAUGACCGAGAUGUUCAACCAGGGCCGAGCUUUUGCCACUGCCCGCUUACCAAACUCAGGAAUGCACAACGUCUGUGCUCUAGCCACGAUACAGAAAGUACCAAGACAGCUGGUUGUUUCUGAAGAUGGUUACCUGUACAUCUAUAACUUGGAUCCAAAUGAAGGGGGAGAGUGCAUGCUAUUAAGACAACACAGGCUAGACGGCAGAGCAGGAGACAGCCCUGUACCAGACGUCACUUCCCAUGAUCGACCUUUGACCCAUCCCUCAACCGGCCCCAGUUAUGCCUCAUCAGUCAAGAAGCCUGAGUCUUCAGUUGUACCACCAGGUAAGGCUUGGGAGUCCAGCAACCAGGGGGCACCACCUUCCCCCGUCUGUGUGGCCCCAGGUCAUGUGAUUGGGAGCUAUGCGGCGGUGUUGAAGAGGAAAGGGGGCCCACAGGAAGUCAGUGAGCCACUCAGCCCCUCUUGUGAAAUUGAUGCGAUAUUGUAUGACCCAGUCAUGUCACCAGAUGCCAAUUUGACCUACCCUCGGAGAUCAUCGACCCGAAUCACAACCAUACCAAGAACUUGAGCAAGGAACUACAGAUCAGGAGGGGAAUGGAUCAGGACUCGGUCAUUUACGACUGGACGAUGAUAAUGAAUUUCCCCCUAUGACACACAAGAGUGAUUAAAGAAGUUUAUGUACCUGGUAGAUGUAAAUCAUUGAAUUGAGAUAAGAUGAAGUGAAAAUACUUUAUCUUAUUGACUUUUUUUUUUUACCUACACGGUGACACUUUAUGUAUUGUAUUUUGGAAAUCUGUGAUGAAUUUAAUGAAAAUAAUUACAACCAAUAUUUGCAUUUUCACUUCCUAAUCAGUAAUUUUAAGAAAGUUAUUUUAUUAUUAAGCAUAAUUUUAGUCUUUGAAUCCUCCUGACUUCUUUGGAGAAGUUUUUAGAACCAAUAAGUAUGCUCUUGUAGUGAUAAAAUGUAAUAUUGGUGCAGGAGUGUGUUCAACAUAAUAUGUAUUACCCCCUACUCAUUGGGAAACACUGUCACAUCAUCUUACACUAUCAAAUUAUAGGAAACGUCAUUGGGUCGAGGAAUAGUCUCUCAUUAUGUAUUAUAAUUCUUAUCAUAGAGCCAUCUGGUUGUGAAGAAAAAAUAAACACAAAAAAAAAAAUGUUUAUGUAAAAUACCCAGAACAUCAGGAUUAAUGUGUUGUAGAGAAUAGCCUGGCUUAUCCAUUAUUUUUGCAAGAAUUUUUUUUUAAUAAAAACACAUUAAAAACUUUACCACCUCCAAUCAUUAGAUGAAGGUCAUCUCGAAAGACAGAAAAAUAUCAAUCACUAGAGGAAGGUCCUCUCAAAACAAAGGAAACCACAUAAAGCUUUGCAGUUUUUCAUCAUCUGAUGAAGGCCAUCUCAAAACGUAGAAAAAUAUUGAUCAUCAGAUGAAGGCCAUCUCAAAACACAAAAAAAUAUCAAUCAUCAGAUGAAGGCCAUCUCAAAACAUAGAAAAAUAUCGAUCAUCAAAUGAAAGCCAUCUCAAAAUACAGAAAAAUAUCAAUCAUCAGAUGAAGGCCAUCUCAAAACACAGAAAAAUACCGAUCAUCAAAAGAAGAUCAUCACAGAACAAAGAAAACUUGUGAAGCUUUACAGUCUAUGAUUCCCCAGAUGAUAAUCUCUAAACUACUGAUGAUGAAUCAAACACACUGUACUCACACACACACACACUGCACACAAAUAUGUCAAAAUAAAUGUAAGUAUGAUUCUGCAGUUUCACUUGAAAUGCAUUUUUCUAAGCUCAAAAAAAAACCCCAAUGCAUAUACGUGUAUUUCAAGUUAAUCCAUGCAAUAAGUAAGAAAAUUAACACUAUAUUUUGCUGAAAUUAUAAUGUUGAAUCCUGAUACGCACUUUUGAAACUGUCCCUUGUGAUUAAUUUGCUGUCUUCCACUACUUAUUCCUUAUAUUUGCCUUGCAUUGUAAAGUAAAUCCAGAGUUAUCUAGUAAUUGGGUGUUUGUAAAUGUUAAAUCAUCAGACAUAUUUAUUUCAUUACCUGUAUGUUUAUAAGUCUUGCUUGGAAUGUUUGGUGAAAGAGUUGAGAGGUUUUUUUUUUUUAGUGUUUUAUCAAAGAUUUAUGGUUGGGAUGUCAUUUGUUAACUGUUAAUGUUGUCCAUCGUGUUUUCAUUUUUAAUUAGAUAAUUAAAUGCAUAUGUGUAAUAAUUAUGACAGUGUUGCUAUUGAAGUAUACAUGAUAUAACUCUUUGUCCUUUUAUGUCUUUGUUUCAUAUGUCUCAUCUGACUUAUUCUUGUAAAGGACAACACUCGUUAAAGUUGGAUCAAACAUUUUAAUUUGCCGUGUAUCAAUACCUGUUUCUAAAUGACAUUUGGCAAAUACAUACAUACGUCUUUUAAACCUUUGAAAGAUGUUGAUUUGUAUCUAUGUGUUCAAUAUCACUUUAUUAUUAUAUUUUGAAUAGGCAACAGCACAUGUGAUUUGGCCAGUAGAGCUACAGGUCUGUAGAAACCUCAGUCAGGAAUUCUUGGGUGUAUAAUUGCAGAAAGCAAUUGAUGAUGAGAGUGUACAUAUGAAAUGGAGACAUUUUUAAAAGUAAUGCUGCUUGUUCUGACAUUUCUAGUCCCAUUUCAUUGUUGUGUUGUUGCAAUGUUAAACUUCGUUAUACACAUGUUGUGUACGUAUUUGUGAUGACCUAUAUACAAGUAUACUACUGUGUACAGAUCUAUAUGUACUAUGUUGUACACUGUAAGGCACCAACUACUGCACUGAACUGCAUAUUGGUGAUCAUUUAAAGGUCAGUCAUCUAAAAGGUCAUUUAUGUGAAAGGUCAGUUAUGUGAAGGGUCAUUUAUGUAAAAAGUAAAUAGGAGGCUGAAAUGAAAACACAAACUCAGUCCUAAAUGUAUGUAGUCAUUAUUUCACAUGAAUUCUGUAUAUCUUACUUCACAUAAACUGUGUGUAUUCAUUACUUCGUAUAUUGUUAAUAAAACGGUAAAAUGGCA